UAGAGCUACUAAGAUGUGCUCAAUAUAAAUUUUAAGAAAAAUGUAUAUUAGAAUAAUAUCCUUUUUUAUUUUAUUCAGUUUUGUUAGCAAUAUAAAAUGUUCAUCACCACAAGGUCGAGAAGUUUCGGAAUGGGCUCGUGCUAUUGGGCAUGAAUUGCGUUCUUUGGGGCAAGAAGUUACACUUUAUGAUGAAAUAAAACAGCGAUAUACAUAUUUAAAGGCAAAAGUAGGGAAAAACGAUCCCCGGGCUUUGCUAGCUGAAGUUAAGGAAAAUAUUUCUAGAAUGAUCGAUAGAAAAACAGAUGCCAUAAAGUAUAUUCAAGAAAAAGCUGAGGAGGUGGCAGAAUUAUUUGAGUAUAACCGCUCAGCUCCUUUCCAGUAUUACAGUUCAAAAUGGUCCUCAAUUACUGGCGCUGAAUCAAUUAUGAAAGUGCCCAAAUCCUUAUCUAAGAACAGACACAUGUAUAUUAAUUUGACACUAAACAAUGAUACCCACUUUUAUAAUCUACCUGUGAACACUAGUCAUAGCUCAGUGCAUGUGCCAACUAAUGUAUUUGAUAUGGAAGAUGCUGCGGCUUUUGCAAUCCAGUGGUCGAAGGAACUAGAUGAAGUUUUUAUCGGAAAUUAUAAUUCUGAUCCAGCACUGUCUUGGCAAUAUUUUGGUAGCAGUUCGGGCAUAAUGCGGCAUUAUCCUGCAAAAAGGUGGGAAGAUUAUAAAAAAGAUUUAUUUGACUGUAGGAUUAGAACUUGGUUUAUUGAGGCAGCUACCUGUACGAAAGAUGUUGUAAUUUUGAUGGAUAACUCGGGUUCUAUGAAAGGCAUGGGGCACCAUAUAGGUUCUCUAACUGCUUCUAGUAUCCUUGAUACUUUCUCGAACAACGAUUUUAUAAACGUUCUUAACUACUCCUCUACUACAAGCCAUACUAUACCUUGCUUUGAAAGGAAGUUGGUUCAAGCCACUAGAGAGAAUAUUGAAAUCUUCAGAAAAGCCAUAGAACUGAUGGAACCAGAAGGCAAAACCGAUAUAGCUCUGGCUCUUGAAACAGCCUUUGAUUUACUUGACGAUUACAGAAUGAUAAGAGGCUGUAGUGAAAAUAGCACUCACUGUAAUCAAGCCAUAAUGAUUAUUACUGACGGGGUCAACUCAAAUUUGAGUGACAUUGUGCUGCGACGCAACCACUAUAACAAUGGAUUACAUAUUCCCGUAAGGAUUUUUACGUAUUUAGUUGGAAAAGAAGUCACGAAUGUAGAAGAAAUCAAAUGGCUAUCGUGUGCUAAUCGAGGGUACUACACACCUGUCCCUACACUGGAACAAGUGACAUCGUCUGUGUUACAAUACAUAGGUGUUGUUGCUAGGCCUUUGGUACUUCAAGCAGAAAAAGAAGGUGAACAUCCUGUGUCUUGGACACAUGCCUACGUUGACAGAACGUAUGAUGAUAAAAAUGACAAUCAAAUAAAUGAACCCUAUAGAUUGCUAACAUCUGCUGCAAUACCUUGCUAUGACACAAAAAUUAAUAGAAAGAAUGAUACUAGAACAGCUUAUUUAUUGGGUGUUGCUGGUACCGAUGUGCCAUUGGAUGAAUUUAAUAAAAUGACACUACCUUACAAGAUUGGUGUUAACGGUUAUUCAUUUAUUGUUAGUAAUAAUGGUUAUGUGCUUAUGCAUCCUGACUUAAGACCUGUGUUUGAAGGCAUACUAAAGGACAAUUACAAUAGUAUAGAUCUGACUCAAGUAGAGCAGCACAAUGAUCAGUUACCUGCUAGAGCCAUCGGAGAGACUUUGAAGAAUCUGAGGCAAGCUUUGGUGGAUGGUAAAGAGGGCAGCCUUCACAAUAUUAGUUUGAGUUAUCAUUACGAUGACAUGAAACGCAUAUCAGAACAAUAUUACGAUUAUUAUUAUACUCCAAUACAAAAAACUCCUUUUACUAUUGGUAUCGCUAUUCCUACUAAAUAUGGAAGUUAUUCACUUGAAGUAGACGAUGAAAUUCAAAGAAAUAAAAAUACCGGAGAAGAUUUACUUUCAUUUUUUAGUGGAAAGUGGAAAGUACACCCCAAGUGGGUCUACUGCAAAUAUCACUAUCUAGAAGGUCAUGAAUUUGACACACCUGAGCAAGAAUUAAUUCAUUUUUUGGGAAAAAUGCGUGAUAGAAAUUUCCAUUUUCAGUGGAAAAGCCAGUAUGAAGGCAAAAAAGAUAAUCGUAACGAGGUGACCGAUGGUAGGAAAGAGGACGAUUACUAUUGUGACAAGCAGUUGGUGCAACGUUUAAUAUUCGAUGCAAGAAACACCCACACAUCUUAUCGCAAAAAAUUUCAAUUCAAAAUCAAUAACUCGUCAUUUCUUUUUUAUAAACCUUCUCUGAGAUUUGUAGCUACAAUGAGUGGUUUAACUCGUUGGGAAUACAUUUUCGACCAAACCAAUUCAGCUGAUCCAAAAUCUAAAAAAAAAGAAUUUGGGGACCUGCAUCCGAGAGCUAUAAACGAGAAGUGGUACAAAAAUGCCGUUCUCCAACAUCAUUAUGAUAACGAGUCUUUUGUUUACUCUGUUCCAUUUGACUGUGGUUUUACUGAUAUUGAUCCUGUAGUCACAGGUAGUUAUGCUAUUUUUCCAUCAGAUGGUGGUCUUGAAGCACCUGGAUCAGUAGUUGGUUUUCAGUUUAAUCAAAUCCAAUUUAAAACAAUGGUCAAAGCUAAAUCGACAAUUUUAACGAACCAAUGUGAGGAUUGCGAAAGUUGUAACAAUUUAACUUGCUAUGUAGUGGAUAAUUCCGGAUAUAUUAUUGUGUCUGACGACACAAAUGAUACCGGGAGAUUUUUCGGAGAAGUUGAGGGAGAUAUUUUAUAUUCCAUGCUCAUAGAAAAUAUUUUCAAAAAUAUCACUGUGUUUGAUUAUCAAGCUUUAUGCAAAAUUGUUACUUCCAAUGAAACAAGCGGAAGUUCUGACCUAAUAACACCCCUUGCAUAUACAGGAGUAUUUAUAAGAUGGAUAUUUGCCCAAAUUAUCUAUUUUCUCAUGGAACUAAACUUAUACAGCCUUCUAGAACAAAUAGCUGUGUAUGCACAAGAAGACAGUACUAAUGGUAAUAUAUAUGCCGAAGAUAACGAAGAAUUCCUACCCAGCAACAAAAAUGAAUAUUAUGCUUGCGAAAAAGAAAUCAUUUUAUAUGUUUUACAACAAGAAAUAUUCAACAAGGAAAAUUUUACAGGGGAAAUUUACACACCUAAUAUAAGGAACUACUAUGUGAAAAAAAUUCCCUAUAGCAACUUGAUUUUUGUGGCUAUAAAUAAUACUAUGAAGGAUACAAAGUUUUCGUUUAGUACAGCACCUAGACAAAUCACAAAGGAACCUAUUUUUACACAACAGCAGAUGAAUUCUACAUUGUUACCUUGUCAGAAACUAGAACUGAACAACUUGUCAAGGAGACACCUUACAGGAUGUUACAAUGAACAUCCACUGGAACAUGAAAUUAUAGAUUGUGGUCGAGCCAGUUACAUUAAAAUUAAUCUGUUUUUGUAUACGUUUCUGUUAAGUAUAAAACUUUAUAUAUAAUUAUUAUUCAAAUUAAAUUUGAAGUCAAAUGUA